AUGUCUUCAUCUCUUUUCCUCUUCAAUAAUUACCUCGGUCCUUCAUUUUCUUUCCUGUAUUCAAAUUAUCAUUCUGUCAAGAUAAAAUUCUUCUGCAUUCAUUCUUCUUUUCAUUCCUUUUGUUUUUUCUCUAUUUCCCUCUUAUCUUUAUUUUCAUUUAUUUUUUCUUUCUUUCCCCCUUUUUUUUAUAUAUAUAUUUUUGUAUUUUUUCUUUUCAUUCAUUUUGUUUUUUCUUUCUUUCCCCCUUGUUUUUAUAUAUAUAUAUUUUUAAUUUCUUUCUUUUCAUUAUGUUACUUUUUCUUUCCCUCUUGUUUUAAAAUUUUUCUUUAUCUCUUUUUUCAUUCAUCUUGUUUUUUCUUUCCCUUUAGUUUUUAUACUUUUGUAUUCCUGUAUUUUCCUUCAUCUUGUUUUUUCUUUCUAUCGUAUUCUUAUAUUUUUUUCUGUAGUUCUUUCUCUUCAGUCAUUUUGUUUAUCUUUCUUUCCUUUUCCUUUUUAUAUUUCUUCUGUAGUUCUUUUUCAUCGUUCCUUUUGUUGUUCUUUAUUUCUCGCUUUUUUCCUUCUAUUAAAUCCCUCUUGAUAAUUUCUUAUUUUCCAGCCUUUAAAAUAUCUACUUCUUCCCUUCUUUUUGUCUAUUUACCUUUCUUUGUCUUCUUAAUUUUUCUCUCUCCUUCAUUCCUAAGUUUCUUUCAUUGUAGUCUUCGUUUCCUAUUCUUCACGCAGUCGGUCAUGCGUAUCAAGCCUUUUUCCGCAUUUAUCGCCAGAUCGAGGCUCACCGGUAAUAUACGAGUUUUUUCUCUCCCUCUCUUUCUGUCUGUCUAUCUAUCUAUCUAUCCUUUUCUAUAUCUCUCUCGCUCUAUCUAUCUCUUUCUCUCCCUCUCUCUCUCGCUCUCUCUAUCUAUAUCUAUCUCUCCCCUCUCUCUCUCCCCCUCUCUCUCAGCAUCCACCUACCGUCAGAACUACGGCCAGUCGUUCGUCCAACCUAAAUGGAGCCGAGUGUACGCUUGGUCAACCCUCCUCGACAUUACCGCCUAUUCUUUCUGUUCCUCUUCACUCGUGGAACCCGUCUGUCUUUUUGUCUGUUCGAUGCACACUGAACACUAUGAUAGCGACCUGAAACUGUCAUCUAUCUAUCUAUCUAUCUAUCUAUCUAUCUAUCCGUGA